ACACCUCUCAAAUUUUAUCACAAUUUUUAUUUUAAAUUUUGUGAUAAAAUUUGAAGUUACCAACCCACACAUCAGCAAAUGUGGUCAAUGCGCGUCGUUCUUUUUCAACUAAUUAUGGCCAAACUAGGUAACAAAAAAAUCGGAAUAUUUACGUUUAAAUAUUCAUGCGGCAAUUUCCAGACAAAAUGAUCAAAUUAAUGUACACCAAAUAUUUGCUUUAUAAAACUAAACUUUUGCCGUUUAAAAUUUCAUAUGCGUUACCGUUUAAUAUAAGUUACACGAACUCACAUAAAAUCACGUUUAUGAUGAAGUAACGAUAAUUGAACUAUAAAAUAUAGAGUCAUUAAUUCUGGAAUAUAUUAGCGGAAACUAUAGUUUUAUGAUCCUGAAGUUCCUGAGUAUAUAAAACCUUAUUUAUUAGGGUGAGUCCAUUCCCUAGUGAUUGGUAAUUUUAGAAAGUUUACACUUUUAUGGGCAAGUCCAUCUCUUGUUAGGCAGAAAUUACUCGUAGUAGUACUAGCAGCGAUAGGACUGUAAGUACCAGGUACCUACUAAUGACUAAAAUAAUAGCACCAUGUAAAUAUCCCGCUUCUGUACAAAUGCUUAUUUUCAUUCCUAUGCUUGGUAUCACUGGAAUCGCCAGUGUAGUAACGAUUAAAGAUGGAAGUUAAGAGAAAGAAAUUCAUUUUGAAAAAUAUUUUUUUAUGAGAUUGAAUAAUACAGUGCAGUUUCAUUCAGGAUUUUUAAAGCGGCAAAAAAGACUUAAGUUUGUGACAUAACUUUGUCUAUUAAAUAAUAAUUUCAACGUCGCACGUCUUUGUCAAGCUUUUAAUUAAAAAUAUUGUCUAUUGAUUUGCCAUAGAAAACUAACUUAAUAAAGCUUGAUGUAUUUUUUAUAAGAUCCAACUUUCUUUGCAAGUUUUCUAGCAGGAUAUAUGGUAGGUAUUGGUCUUAGACGCGGACGUCCGUUCCUACAGACGUUUCCUAUGUCGAUGCCUUAAGAGGAUAGAAAUAUAUUAUGUAAAUAACGUUUCUAAGGCAAGGUAAGCAAUUAAUUAGAACUACACAGUAUAGAACCGAGUUCACUUUCUUGUUAAAAAAGAAUGGUACUAACGAAUAAUUAUCCGUAUCUAAAUUAAGAAUUGAUAAAACAACCCGGUUUUAACAUCUCCUAAUUAAUGCAUGAAUGUACAAAACGUCUAGAAAUACUGGCCAGGAUUGUGUUUGGCCUUUAUUAGAACACAAAACAUGAAGUUACAUCUAUCUACUAUAUAAAUACAAUUGAGGUCAAUUAAAAUGAACCAAAUCUAUUUUAAUACCCCAAUAAGCUGUUAUUAGAUAACAGUAACUUACUAUUCGGGUGAGAAACUCGUUUACAGUCCAAUCCAUUGUAUUAAAAUGCCUGUUAGCCAUUACAGUUUUACCCACUGACACAAAAAUGCAUUUCUGAAUAGUGAUAAUUGAUUGAGCAAAUCACGACUAAUGGUGGCCACUGACCCAGCUUUCAAUAAGAUUGUCUACGAAAUCACUUCCUCAUUUUCCAAUUUGUGCAUUAACCAUGAAAAUAUAAAACAUUUUACCAUUAAUAGAAACGUUUCUAUUGAAUAUUUGUCUUUAAACGUUUCAAUAUUGGUGGAAUACUCACUUAGGCCGCGGAAUGCUGGCGCCCUAGUAAUCUUAAGUACUUUCUUGCUACUGAAAGUGUACGCUAUCUUACUUAUUUCGCAAUGCGAUUGCUUGGGUGAUACGAUUUAUAUGAAUGAAUAAAAGAUACGUUUUUAUCUUUGUUGAUUUCGUUUAUUUUCGUAAAGAAAUGGUAAUAGAAUAUGGCUUUAGUGAUUGCUAAUAAAAGAUGUUUGAAUUUUAUUUGAGGUAAUAUAACGAGUAGGUAAAAAAGUUCCAGGGUCAGUAAAUACCGGUAAAGCAACUCCCUGGGCGGUCAGCCCCGUUAACCGCUUUUUAACCUCUUCAUCAUCAAAGACAUCGUACAAGAAACCCAUUCAAUAUACCAAGUACUAGCACACAAACCUUAUUCGUACAUCAAGUGGACAAGGAACUGUAUGAUCUAUUUAGCAUUAGUACGCUACACACGACUACAAUACGAUUGUCAAAGCUCGAUGUGAAUUUUAAUACACCACUGCACCGAUUCGAAAUCCAACACUCUCAUUGCCGCAAAAGUACACAGCAAUAUAGAUCGUAAAUUAAGAGCAGUAAAGGGUGAUUCAGCGUGAAGAAAAAGUGUGCUAAUCUGACGGCAUGUGCAAAACGGUAAGUUUACAAACAAGUGAAUAAAAGUCGUCUGUUUAUACAACAUUUUCACGCAGAUUUAGUUGCGUCUGAGUUGUUCCGGAUUCGGAUGAUAGUUACCGUCGGUGUCCGGUGAAAACGACAAAUUCCGUUAACCGCGUUACCCGGCAAGUGGAGCGGUCGUCUGCUAAAUAAGUCACAACUCGCGACGCUACAACUAAUAAUAAUUGUGUAAUCUGUUAAGCUUAGGCAUGCUAUUAUUUCGAUUUACGUCAUUUUGGUGGCUAGCUUUUGUUUUUUUGAGUGAAUUUUGUAUAAUGCAUUUAACGCCACGAAGCUUAUUUAAUCGCGAAAUUUUACUUUAUCUUUGAUAAUUUAUACUUACCUAUUUGUACUUAAGUACUAGUGGUUUUCUUCAGUACAUUUUAUUUAAAAGUUGAAUUGUAUUGUGAUUAACAACGAAACUGAAUCAGCAUGAAAAAAUAAGAAACAGUAGCAAAAGGAGAUGGUUAUUAUCUGUCAUAAUAAUCGCAAGCGCAAGUUUUGCACACGGACGUUCGCUUCGUGCUUUGCAUAAACAUGAGAAGCACGGUCUAGUAUAAAAGCUUUUGUUUAUCACACGUAUGUGGUAUUCUCCUCAAAUCUCAAGAUAUUUAAUCAACAAAGAUAUAUUUUCUGAACAUCGCGAUUGGUACAAACCAUGUGACUGAACUAUAAAGUUCUUGUAACACCAUUUUGUACCCAUAUUUGAAUUUUAUUUUUAUAUUUAAUAAAAGAAUCAUUUAAAUAGAUUGUUUAUCUUCUUUAGACAAAUAUGUACAUUUAGCCUGGGCGCAGGCUUUGCCUUUCUACAGAAAAUAUCCUUGCAUACGACAUUUAAAGAAAUAUUUUUUGACAAUAAUAAUAAAAUAUUUACGCUCCAUUUGAAAAAAGGAAGCUAAAUAUAAACCCGAAAGGAACAGUAAUUUCGUUAGUCAUAGUUUUUGUUGAGUAUCAAAAGUUCACUGGUAUUUUAAAUUGCAAAAUGCAUUUUUUAUCAUCUAAAAUACAUUAGAUUUUCACGCCUUUUGAUUCUUUUUCACAGAAUUAGGAAGAUUUGAAUCGGGGGAUUUCAUAACUGUAUUACCCUGUUAUUCAAUUUCGGCACACUUAUAAUGCUGUGAAACAAAAGUUUCCUUAAAAACUGUUCAAUGUCGAUGUAAAUCAAUUUGUUUAGCAACAGCAGAUAAUAGCAACUGUGUUUGAUAGAUGGGCGAGUCCAAUAAGCUACGGUAUGGAAAAUACGCUUCAAAACUACCUACAAAUGAAUAUUGGCUCUUGAGGAAGUCGACAUUUUAAACCGUCAAAAAUAAUUUGAUAAGACUUUAGGGAACUUUUAUUCCAUACUACUUAGUCAAACAAAAAAAGGAAUAUUUGAUUUAGCUCGACCUGUGUCAUUGGCGCAUAAAAAACUGUCAGCAAAGUAAUUUUCAUUUUCACUUGACAACAGAAAGCAUAAAAAAGAAAAUUAAUGGCAAAGGAUUUUAUAGACUGGCCAAUAAUCAAUAAACGUCAAAUGAAUUAACUUAAAAGAAUAAUAACAACAAACAUUUUACGACGACGAAACGAAAAAAAAAAAUCCGAUUAGUACGCGAUUAAGCGAAAAGUUGCUGAAAAUCGUAGACAAAUCGUGAAUCAAUUAGCAAACAAUUGGCAAUACUUUUCCUUUUAUAGCUUUUUAAUUAUUUCCAUUGCCAUUGUUACGAUUUUACUCUGAUGCCUACAUAGUUUUCAUAUUACUGUAAUUUUACCUAUAAACAUGAUUUACAUAAAAACUUGUCGAGGUUUAUAAAAACCUUCGUGAUAAAAAAUACAGCGCUGUCACUCUUCAUUCAGUACAAGUUCACGCCUACACUUUUUCUCCUUGUGUUAAUCAAUCUGAUCCCCAUGUUUCAUCAAGAUGUACUUCAAUUACUGAGCUUCUAAGCUAAUGACAGGUAGAUCUAUCGCACACAAGAACAUUUCCCAUAGAAACCUCGCAAAUCCCAUUAAACAAUGGACCAAAUCAACUGUUAUUGUUGUUAGAUCCUUGGUUCUUUCAAUUAUGAAGAUUGCUUUUACACAUAAGUUUCUUUGUAAGGUACACAUGUACGUGCGACUCAAGGAAAUGAGUCUAUGAAAGUGUGUGAAAAGCUUAUUUAAAUAUCGAACGGCUGAUAACGGUACGAACGCCAGCUGACGAUCAGAUAGAGAUCAUUAGAAGGAUCUUUAUUGCCAGCGUGCAAUUUACGAGGCAUUUCGAUGUAUGUUAUUCCACAAAUUCUAUUCUUAAGCUUUGUAUUUUCUUAGAUAAGGCGAAAUAGUUGAGGCAGAAUUGAAUAAAGCUAUUAAACAUUCCAUGGAGCAUUCUGUAAUUGAUUGAUGUAACUAUCCGGGUUCCUGCGAUUUAUGCAUCAGGCCUCCAAAGCGGUAAAGAGAACACCGAUUCUACUUGAAAAUUGUGUUACAGGUACCGUAAAUUCAACCAGUUUUGUGUCGAUACUCAAUAUAUUCAUACACGAGUCCUCUCUCGUAUUCAAGCACUUGUAAGUACUCUCAUUAGCGUUCGCCAUCAGGCUAGUAGAAUGCUUACAGCUUGUCUCACUUUUAUAAUGACCGCUGACCCUGAAUUAUGAUUGGCCGGCUGCUCUGGAAGACCAAAAGAUAUUGGAAAAUAAAUGGAGCGUACAGAACGGCCUUACCCGAGCAUUACACGGUUUGCGGUAAAGUAUCUAAUUUUUUGAUAUAAAUUCAGGGGACAGACGUGCAUCGCUAUACCCAAAGUAAAUUUCAACGCUUCUGAUUGCAUAGCGGUACUGGGUGCCAUAUUGGCAAACCACAGGGAAAAUAUGCGCAAAAGUAUUAUCUAUUCUAAAUUUUAACUCAUUUAGGUGACUGCCUAAUACCGCACGUCACGACUCACGCGACGUAUGCACAGUGGGUUAACAAAAGUCUCGUGUAAUCAACAAAAUGUUCAGAAGCAGGUCGAGUGUGUUUUCUUUACAAAUCUACAGAUACGCUCACGUAAAAAUAUUAUUUAUCAACAAAAAUAUUACUUUGAUACUUUUAUCAAACAUGUUAUUAUGACACAAAAAAAAAUAAUGAAUAGAUUAAUAUUUUUUGGGGAUGAUGAAUGUACGGUAGCUCUGUUUCGGUUGAUUCGCACUUGAAUAAAACGGCCGCAGCGCAUAAUGCCUAUCAUUGCCCGAGAUUCAAAGAUUAAUUAGGAUAUUACUAUGCAUCUAACUGCAACAUCUUAAUUACGGGAUUUACUGGCAAGUUUAUUGAUGAAUUAUCUAAAGGAAAUAAUUAAUGAAGGCACCGCAUUACAUUAAUUAAAGUUAAUAGGAUGGCAGCAGAAUACGCAAACAAUAUAAUCGCUUUUCAUUCAUUUUCAAUCUCAGGAAACAGUUUUCAUGUGAAAGUUUCUAAGUUAUGUUGUUUCGAGUUCUAUAAAAUAAUAAUGACCAUUUAUUUCAACAUCUAUUAAGACGACCACCCUGCCGGCAUCUUUUUUCUUCAAUUAAACCUUCACAUAGAGCAAGUUACGCAGUUUUAUAAAAAGAAAAUUGAACAGGAACUACAGUGGCUGCAUCUGCUGCGCCGUCCGUAGGGCGGGAUGAACUAGGUGAGCGGUGGCGGGUUCUCUUCAGCGGCGGCGCGCGCGCAGUCCCGCUUACAUCGUCGUCGCGGCCGCACGCGCACGACGCGCCAUGAAUCGUUCGUUGAUCGUAGUUGUUGCGCUCGCCGCCCUCGCCGCCGUCGUCACCGCCGACGACUCGCCGCGACCCCGCCUCAUCGACUUCAACCCCUGGGCAUGGCUACCCUCUACCCGCAACAGGUCACCCUCGAUCAUGGAUUACUUCUUCCCACCUUCCCGAACCCCCAAACAGUCUAACCUUGAACCUCCCGCUGACCGACGACCCCCUGAAACUACCUCUCACACAGUAGAAAAUACCCCCGCACCGACUACUAUAGAGGAUCGAUCUACUACUUACGCGAAAAAAAUAUCCACUAAAACAAAAUCAACCGCACCCGUGACAAAUCCGACGGCAACAACGCCGCCUAAAACGAAAAAAGCCACCCGCAAACCUAUCGCGCCUACGACUGUCGAGGCGAAACCUACGCAAACUAAAACCGAGGCUCCGGCGACUACGAAAGACGCGACCGUGACAACGUACAAAGCGCCGACAAAACAUUACACGAUCCGGCCGGUUGUGCGAACCACGGAGACGCCGACGGUUCAGGACACGGAAACGACACUUAAUAGCGACAGCACGGAAACUGUUUCUGACUUUGAUACUGUGGGAACGACCGCGGACGGCCCCAAGGAGACGGCGCCGACGCUGAGCACGGCAGACGACUCGCGCUCCACCGACGCGGGCACCGCCAGCACGGCCACGCUGGACGCCAGCACGCCCACCGAGAGCACGGAGCCCGCCGACAGCCGCGAGGGGUACCUGCCGCUGCGCGACAAGCCGCAGCAGACUCACGUCAAGAUCAACGAGCAGACCAAGAAAGAGACGGUGCCUUUACCAGCCGGAUCGACUUCAGUGUUGGCAAAGCCGACAAAGUAUCACUACUAUCCCCACAAUCAGCACAUCUAUUUGUUGCCUGAAUGCGCUAUUCAGCAGGUAUGCAACGCGGUCUACGUGCGUCUGAACUACACGCAGCCGCUGUGCGCGUGCCCAAGUCGGUACCGAGACCCAUGCUCCGCCAGUCUCAACGCCGACGACCUGCAUACGACGCGCCUCACAACAGACUCGAAAAAAAAGUUCGCCAACAAAGCUGUGACAUUAGUGAAGACUUGUGAAGCAGUAUCGGAGAUGCGUGAGUGCCGAGCGCCAAGAGACUGGUCACUCUUAGCGCUACAAAACAUUAGGACUGGCAAGUCACACUACUUGGUGAUAUGCCGAUGUCCCGAAGAUCAUAUACUCGAAGGUCCAAUGUCUCACGACCAGCCCACUUACGCGUCUGUUCCUGGCAUCAGAGUGUACGGCAUGAUGUGUGUGCGACCAACUACAGCCUAUCAUUCCGCAUUCAACAAAAACAGAUACUCGGGCUUAACCGUACAAAGCACGACCGGCGCCUACAAAGUGGACUAUUCUCAACCUCAUGCGUAUCCAGAGAAACCCGUGUACAACAGAUAUCACACACACAGUUACACAGAACCGUACUACAACCGAAGGUCUCGAGUCGCACGAGUCAGGCGAUCGACAUUAGAAUACCCCCCCUUCCCAUGGUACAAAGUUAUCGAAUUAGCUAGAUCAUUACAUUGGAUCAACUAGAAACUAAACACCUUUAAAUUUAGAAAUAAAAAAGUUUGUUGGCUUCAUGGAGGCUUUAUAUUAAUCGAUUCCGCCUCUUUGAAUUCAACUUAUACUUGAAUCAUAUUUAAUUUCGAAACGCUUUUUUGUCGCUUAUAUAUCCGAUUUUUAGUUAAUACUUGCUUACUGACUUUCCCAUUCUAAACGUGAUUGUUUAGUUUGGCGAAAUUUAAUUUCAGACGCCUAUAAAAUACUAAGUACAACUGCAUUUACUAGAAUAAUUAACAUAUUUAACAACAAAUGUAUUUAUUGAAAUGAAAGAUAGCAAGUUUGGGUGUUUAAAUGGUCAGGCAGUUUAAUCAAUCAUUUUGAUCCAUAAAAGAUGCAAAAGAAAAUACCUUUUUCAAGUAUACCUUUUUUUGUUAAAGGGAUAGGGGGAUAAGAUCCAGAAUUUACGCUAAAAUAUAGAUAGUAAUACGAUCAUAUCUUCACCCAAACAACACAAACACGUAUAGAACAAUUCUGUUUCGAAAGUAGAUUAUUGAUUGUAUGGAAAACAUAACUUAUAUUUCGGUAUAAUUAAGCAACAAUUUGCCAGAAAUAGAAAUAACCAUGACUAUUAGAUAUAAGUUUUGGAUUAUUGUAAUUGCAAAUUAAAUUAAUAUUCUCCCCACCAAUAGACGGUGAUUAAAUAAUAAUAAAAGUUUUUUUUUUAAUAUUGUACACAAAAGAUAUGUGAUAAGAUUUCGUUGGAUUUUUUUGUGUAACAUUUCAAUGCAUUUAUAGUUAUUUAAGUAGUA